AUGGAUUCACGAGAAGAGUGUAUUAUUACAUAUCUCAAUACACAUCCAAAAUUCCUGGAAAAUUAUGCUACUGGACCAAACGUAUCCAAUAAGGUAUUCGAUCGAUGGUGUUCCAGGCGUAAUAUGAGAGUAAAAAAGGAAGCCUUAAGAGAUAUGAAUGGUCCAUGGAUGGCAGAUGAUCUAUCCGAUUUCCAUAAUUUGCUUAUCUCCAGUGGUAACAAUGUGCCUCUUAUUCUAUAUGAAUUAGGCCAUGCUUGUGCACAGUUAACUCUUAAUAAAUUGUUUGAUGUGAUAAUGUAUAAUAAUGAUAAUGCUUACUUCAUCAAGCGAACCGAAACUAAUGUUCGAUUAAAGCAAGUGACCAAAGUGAAACGACUGCCAAUCUACACGAAAAAAGUAGAAGACUACUCGGGAGUCUUACUUGGUUAA